AUGCCUCACAUAACUUACGAAGGGAAGUACGGUUCGAGAUUGUUAUCUAUCUCAAAAAUGCCAGUGACUAAAUCGUCGUUACAGACUGUGCCAGGGCUUGGUGGCCCAUCUGUCACUAUGAGCGAUCAGCUUUUUCGUAAGCAAGAGGAACUUGAAAGAAAAUCACAAGAACUUCGUCAGCGCGAGGAAGAACUCAACAGACGUCAACAACAGCAGCAAAGUAUUAACACUGGAGUGUCCGGGUCUGGCUCACAACGUCCUCACAACUGGCCCCCUCUCCCGAAAUUCAUUCCCAUCGAACCAUGUUUUUAUCAGGACAUAGAAGUCGAGAUACCGGUUCAGUUUCAAAAGACUGUGACUGUGGUAUAUUACGUCUUCUUGAUGUACGUUCUCGCGCUGUCUGUUAAUGUUGUUGCUUCUUUGUUCUACAUGCUGUUUGCUGGAGGACCUGUUGGUCAGUUACUGCUGGCCAUUAUUCAACUUUGCUUGUUCUCAACAUGCGCAUUUUUGUUCUGGUUUCGUCCCGUCUACAAAGCAUUCCGUAAUGACUCCUCCUUCAACUUCAUGGUAUUUUUCUUCGUAUUGUUUUUCCACUCAUUCAUCACGUUUGUUCAAACACUUGGCGUUUCCACGUAUGCAUGCGGAUGGAUAAAUACCAUUGAGACUUUUGGAGUUUCGAUCCCAAUUGCGUUGAUUAUGAUGGUGUCGGCUUUGUGUUUUACUGCAGUAUUGUGCGGUAAGGUGUACGCUCUUGUAAGAGUGCAUAAGCUGUACAGAGGAUCCGGAUUCUCAAUCGACAAAGCCCGUCAAGAAUUUACAAAUGGCAUUAUUGCGGAUAGAAAUGUUCGAGCAGCCGCUUCAGCUGCUUCGACGGCAGCUGCUGGUGCAGCGUUUCAGCAAGCCAGUCAAGGACGCUUUUAA